CUUGCUUUAAUUGUUUCCCUUUUUCAAUUAUAUACAUUUUUGAAGCGACAUGGCUGAUCAAGUACAGUACCGUCUGGAACGUAUGCUUCCUGAACUGGAAGCACUAGAGCGUAAAAAGAUAUUUACACAUGAAGAGAUAAAAUCAAUCAUCAAGAAAAGAACCAACCAUGAAUACGCCAUGAGUCGUCGUAUUAAACAAAAAAUUGAUUUUUUGAGAAGCAUAGAAUAUGAAAUAAACCUUGAAGAGCUUCGUAAGAAGAGAAUAAAGCGUUUAGGUUACAACUUUGACCCUAAAGAAAAGAACCUUCAGUAUUCUGGAAUUAAGCGUAUUUAUAGUUUGUUCAAGAGAGCCACGACUCGAUUUACUGGGGAUCUCAAGUUGUGGUUACAAUAUAUUGACUUUGCUAAAAAGAAUGAUUCCAACAAUAUUCUCUCUGGUAUAUUUGUCCAAGCUAUUCAAUACCAUCCAAUGAAUCCCUCACUAUGGAUCAUGGCUGCCUCUUGGGAACACGAACAUAAUUCAAACAUUGCAGCUGCCAGAACCCUGAUGCAGAGAGCUAUUCGCCUAAUGCCAGAGAAUCAAUUGCUUUGGCACGAAUAUUUCCGUUUAGAGUUAAUAUACAUUGAAAAGAUUAAGCUUAGAAGACGUAUUUUGGGUAUAGCCGAACAAUCUGACGAGCAAAAGGAUAUUGAGGCAAUGGAAGUGGAUGCAAAGGAAGAGGACAGUAUCCAGCUUCCAGCACUAACAGGAGAAGACGUUGAUUCAUGGAAAGAAGACCGUGGAGAAUCAACCAAGUUCAAAUUAUCAGCAGAGGAAGCCAAAUCGUUAGAAGAAGCUAAUAAUCCUAUCUUGAAGGGACUCUUGUCAAAAAUUAUUUAUGACAAUGCUAUACAAGCUAUUCCCCACCAUCUUGAAUUCCGUGAAAAGUUUAUAGACAUCUACCGUGAAUUUUCUAACACAGAAGAACAUAUUGAGUAUGUUUACGAGACUAUCCGUCGAGAUAUGAGCCAAGUGCCAACAGCUCGUGCCUAUUUAGCGAAGAGACACCUAUUUGUACCAAAGCCUGAACAGGAGAAAGACGAACAAACCCAAUACAUUUCAGUAUCAGAUCCUGCAUUUAUUCCUGCACUAAGACGAUGUGUUGAAGAAUUUGAAGGAGCUCUGAAUGACUUGACUGGAUCUGAUAUGUGGGAACUUUAUAUAAACUUUAUAUUAGGCUGGUACUCUAUUGUCUCUGAAGAGAACUUGAAAUUAUACCUCAAAAAACUAGCACAGAGAACAUUUAAAGCAUGUGAAAGGAAAGAUUUGCUCUCAAAGACGUUGUAUGAAAAAUGGACACAGUUUGCCAUGGAUCAACAAGAUGUGGAGAAGGCAGGCAAUUUAAUAAAAGCUGGUCUCAAGGCAUACCCUCACUCCGUUCCACUUUGGUUAAACAAGGUCCAAUUAUGUAAAGACGACAAAGAUGCACAACUGGUGAUAUAUUCACAAGGAUUAGACUCAAACCCAGAAUCACUUUUAUUGUGGACAUCAUAUAAAGAUUGGAUUAACAGUCAAUGGGAAAAGAAAACUCUAUCUGUUGAUGAAGUGAAUGCUAUAUUCUCUAAAGCGUGCGACAAGGCAACCAUGCUACUACCUUCAGUGGCAAUAGAAACAGAAGAGCGUAAUGCUAUCAAGGUGCUGAUACAAUCUGGUUAUGCUGAAUGGGCUGCUGAAGCAGAGGGUAUUGACUUUGCAAGAAGGACAUAUAAGAAUAUAUUGAAGAAUUCGUAUCCUACAUACGAGUUUGUCAUGAAAUGCUUAGAAAUUGAAAACAAGUAUGGAAAUGCAGAGACUGGGCCUAUGCAUGUCGAACCAUUAUUUGAAAGACUUGUGACAUUAAAGAACGAAGACAAAGAAGGUAAAGAAAGAAAAGGAGUCAGAUGA